AUCGUUCUUAUAUGAGACUAACAGAAAAGGAAGACGAAACAUUACCCAUAGAUAUAGUUCUUCAGACUCUGUUAGCCUUUGCAGUUACCUGCUAUGGGAUAGUACAUAUCGCAGGAGAAUUUAAAGACAUGGAUGCUACUUCAGAACUAAAAAAUAAGACAUUUGACACAUUAAGGAACCACCCGUCUUUUUAUGUAUUUAAUCAUCGUGGUAGAGUAUUGUUCCAGUCCCCAGACACAGUGAAUUCUUCUUCAAACCAAGAUGCUUUGUCAUCCAGCUCGUCACUGAAAUUUCGAAAACUUGAACCUCUGCGCCGCUAAGACUUUUACAGAUUAUAAUAAUAAUCCAGGACACUGAGAUGUAAUAUUCAAGUCGGGGAUGUAAACACUUUUUUAAUUUCUGGAGCAGUAUUUA